CGCACGCGACUGCAGCCGGCUGUGCUCCGCAGACAGCCGGUGUGCAGCAGCAGCAACAGCAGCAGCAGACUGACUGUCUUCAGUCCUGAUCAACAUGGAAACCGGCGCUCAGAUAGUUUGCUGAAAGAUUCAGAGACUCUUUCUGUGCGUCCGGCCGGAGUUUACAGAGAAGCAGCCGAUCACAGAAACACCAGUUUGAACCUAGAAGCAUGCUAGCUGCGGGCUGAAGCUACACGUGGUAACUUUCAGCUCUUUUCAGGGUAGUUCUGGUAAAAACGGGCUACGGUAGAGGAACAAGUUGGAAAUGUCUCGAUACCAGAAGAAAAACGGGAUACCGGACAGGUGGCUGGACUACAAAGCUGUUGGGAAAAGACUUCACGGGACGCGUUUCAUUGCCUUCAAAGUGCCGCUGAAACAGUCUUUGAACCGCCAGCUCCCGUGUUCUGAUGUCUUUGGUCCCUGGGAGCUGCGGGACACUUUGAACAAAGAAAACUUAGACCUGGGUUUGAUCGUUGACCUGACCUUCACCACGCGCUACUACAACCUACAGGACUUACCGGAGUCGCUGCUGUUUGUGAAGAUCUUCACAGCUGGUCAUGAGGUUCCCAGCGACGAUACGAUCCUCCGCUUCAAACGUGUCGUACGCAAGUUUCUACGAGACAACGCAGAUAACGACAAGCUGAUCGGAGUCCACUGUACCCACGGUCUGAAUCGCACCGGCUAUCUGAUCUGCAGGUAUCUGAUCGAUGUCGAUGGGAUGGAUCCUAAAGAGGCUGUAGAGUUGUUUAACUCCUCGCGGGGCCAUGCCAUAGAAAGACAGAACUACCUAGAAGAUCUACGGUGUGGACCGAAGAGGAGUAACGACGGGAUGGAGGAGUCUGAGCAGGAGCCAAUGAGAGGCCGCGCUACACAUCGGCCGUUAGACUCUGACGGCAGAGACGAGAGACGACCACACUUUAAUGACCCCUGGUACCACAGGUCUUUCCCUCCAAGAGAAGAAAACCCUCGCUCACAUCGCCAUCACCAUCCACACGACGGCAUUCUUCCCAGUCCGCCAUUGUUGCCCCCACCUCCUUUCUACCCUCCCACGGGAGCCCCUUACUCCCCGCAUCGAUGGACGCCCCCUCAUCCUGACAGUCAGUGGAGGAGACCCCACCGCUCAGAGGAGAGCAGGUCCAGACAUCCUCCAGCAGAGCGGGACUGGAAUCCAUCUUCUCGCUGGCAGGAGGACAGAAGGAGAGCUGCUCCCCCUCGUCUUCCUCCUCCCCUCCCCCGCUACUCCCCACGCUGGACCAAUGAGUCAAACGGCCUCCGAGACGGACCUGAGGAUGAGUGGGCCGCUCCCAAAAUGAGACAUCAACACAGAUAUUCACACAGAAACAGAGCCGACACUUAUGACAACUACUAGUCUGAUCUGCGUUUGACAGAAACCAGGACACUGAAAUACUCUCCAGCCACGGCGUGAUGACGGCCGAUCAUAACACGCUUCUUUAUGGGCCUGACGGAGUGAAAUUAUACAUUAAAUUCAGCUUUUUUUUUUUGAAUCUGAAAACUGAUUUGAGAAAAUGAAAAGUCUCAGAUGGUAACAAAUCAGUAAAGAUCAGCGUACAACAGAUUCACGUAGCAGCUUCUCAGUUUAAGCCGGCGCCGACGUCGCUUUCACCGGUUAAAACAAACGCCGCCCGCAAUAACUUUCGUUUCGUGAGUUUCUUGAUGACGAGCUAAAAUAAAAAUUGGCUGUUGUCUGGUUUACAUUCAGCCAGAGAUCGUUAAUGAGGUAAAAGGAGGUUCGCUCCGUAACGCACAUCUGCAAGUGUUUCACAGAGUGAGACGUCUUCUCUCUCUAGCUGAUCUCGCUUCAGUUUCUCACGUUAAACUUUAAAUUAGCUUCGGUGUUUGGAUCAAACAGCUCGUGAGGAAGUUAUUUAGAGAUCAGCUGUCGCAUAUUAAUGUUAGUUCGACGGAACAAAAGUAAAUUAAGUUUGUGUCUGAACUCGACCAAAGAUCCUCUGUGAGAGAAGAAGCUCCACUCUGGACAACCGGAGUGUUUCUGUAGUUCCAAUAUCUCUCUCUCUCUCUCUCUCGCGCUCUCGCUCUCUCGCUCUCUCUCUCUCGCUGAUCUGACAUCCUCCACUUAAUCUUUCAUUCUUAUCAGAUCAGUAAUUUAAGCUUAUGGACGUAAUAUUUUUGAAUCUGGACCUUCAGUAUUUGGAUCGAGUAGUUUGUGAAAAAUAAAGCGUGUCAGAUUUAGGAUAUUUAAAUGUGUCAGACACAUAUUUAAGCAUCAUGUAGAUAAAUCUAGCGUCCAGCUGAAGCUAACGAGCCAAGAAGUACGGCAGACAGUUGAGACGUCAACGUGCCUUUUUCAUCAAGUCAGUCGAAUGUUGAUCCCUCUGUGCUGAGGAGAAGAACUGUUGACACGUUUCCCUGCUUUAUAUUUCAAGUAUACAUUUUGUAGCAUGAUUUGAUCGCCCUCCGUGCACACAGUUAGGGCUUCAACUAACGAAUAUUUUUACUGUUGAUUAAUCUGGAUGUUAUUUUCUCGAUUAAGCGAUUAGUUGCCUGAUCUAUAAAACAUCUGAAAAUGUUCAUCACAGUUUCCCGGAACAAGAGAUGAGGCGUUCAAAUGUACCAUUAAAAAAAUGUUGGCGUGUAGAACCAGUGAAAUUUAGACUUGUGUUUUGAAAUUGACUUUUAAUAAUUGAUCGAUCGUUGUAACUGAUCAUUUUCUGCUGAUUGACUAAUCGUUUCAGCUCUACAGGCGGCCCAUCAAGGGGUGAAACGAUCGGUCGAUUGACAGAAAAAUAAUCUGCAACUAUUUUGAUAAUAAUUUUAAUACUUUUUUCAAACAAAAGACGGUGGAAAACUGUCACUCGUUCUUUGGCAUAUUAAUCUAUAAUGAAAAUAAUCAGUUGUUGGAGCCCUAAACUCUACAAACUGGUGGCUACUCAUUGACAAGGAUAUGAUCCCUCACCGGCUUCCCACCCACAGUGUUAAAACUGGGAUUUCACUACCAGGAGUUGAACUUGUGUGUGUGCGUCACCCUGCCGCUGGUGUCAGACUGUUUUAAUGGACAUGUUGUGUGUUUUUGUUUUCUACCAUGUGGACUUUCGGUCAGGUGUGACCUGGUUUAACUGUGGCCCCGUAGAGCGAGAUUAAAGUAAAUGGAAACCGUCUCUGACGUCUCUGCUGAUUUCAUCACCAUGUUGGAAAUGAAAAUACAAAAAGGAUGUUGAGAAGACUUAGAUCAGUAGUAGUCGGGGCUCACAUGAACAUCCAAACAGGUUCUGCUUGCUGUCAUCUUUCCACCUGGUCACACUGGAUUCCUUCGAGAUGUAAGUGAUGGGGGGACGAGAUUCAGAGGCCGGUUGGUUCACAUUUGUGGUUCAGACUUGAACGUCUCAGCAGCUGUUGGAUGGAUUGUGAUGAAAUCUGGUUCAUCCACACAGGAUUUACUGUGAUAACAUGUCAGUCCUCUGAAUUUUCAUCUAGCGCCAUCAUCAGGUCAACAUGUUACAAAACACUUUGAUUUAUGACCAAAUAACUGUAGAACUGAUGACAUUCCCAUCAGCCUCAGCUGCACGCUGUCUUUACUGGAGACUGUCCUCACCAGAAAAACAACAUGUGUCCGUGGUCGGCGUUGGGCGGCCUGCGGGCCAAAACUGACUUUGAUGCCAGCAAAAAUAAAUAGUGGCUGGGGCUGAAAUAUGUAGAUCUCAGUCAUGACAGCAACAGUUA